AUGCAACGUUCAAUGGACUCAGAUUUUGAAGAUGAAAACGGAAUCUGUUAUACAUCGAAACGUCGAGCACAUGCACUAGUUCAACACUAUGAUGACGAUUCAUUUCCAUCAUCAUCUUGGACAAAUCCAAAUGAAAAUGAAAUUGAAGAAGAUCAAUGUAGUUCAUCCAUUGAUUAUUAUCAUCAUGAUCAAGAAGAUAUUGAUGAUGAAAUAUUUAAUUUGCCAAUUAGUUCAAAUGAUUUAUCUGUCACACCAAAACAAGCAUUACAUUUAGCAACAAUUUAUGAAUUUUUACGUCAUUUCUCACCAAUAUUACGUCUGUCACCAUUCUUAUUCGAACAUUUUUGUACAUCUAUUAUUCAAUCUAUCGACAUAAAUAAUAUACUUUUCUCACAAAUUCAUAUAUGUUUACUUCGUCUAUUAAUUAAACAAGAUGAUGACGAUGGAAUAACAUAUGCAUCGGAAACAGAUAUUAAAGGCAUUAUUGAUUUAUCAUUUGUUACGAUGGACUAUAUAACAUGGCCCUAUAUAUUACAAUUAUAUAUUACAUCUCAUCCGCAAUUAAAAAUGUUUUCAUCAAUCGUCAAAGAAUAUCCAUUCAAUACAGAUAUUCAAGAUAAAAUUGACGUUCUCUCAGCUCUAUGUGAUGUUGCAUUAACAACGAAAACUAUACGAAGAGAAUUCGACGAUACAAAACCGAAACAACACGAUGACAAUUGUAGGCAAUGUCAAAAACGUGGUGAUUUACUCUGUUGUGAUCGCUGUGAAGCAACGUAUCAUCUUGCUUGUCUAAAUCCACCACUGACCAGUGUACCAGUUGUUGAGUGGUUUUGUCCUGUUUGUGUACAAAAUCAAGUACAUGGUGUGAGCGAUUGUAUUCCCCCACGAGAAAAUCGUCCGUUCUAUUUACGUCAUCGAUGUAUUGGUCAUGACCGAGAACAACGAAGAUACUGGUUUGUUUGUCGUCGUUUAUUUGUGGAAGAUGAAACCGGUGACGAUGUACGAUAUUAUUCUACAUUGGAUCAAUUUGAUGUUCUAUUAUCCUAUCUUGAUGAAACAGGACCCGAGAAAUUAUUAGUUUAUCGUUUACAAAAACGUUACAAUGAUAUUGCACGUUGUAUGCAAAUAACAGCCGAUCUUCUGUCUACAUCACUUCCAUUGGAUGAUUCAGCAUCAAUGAUAAAUAUGAAUCCAACAACUCUUGAUUAUCCAUCGGUGUUAGACGAUGAAGAACAGAAAUCAUUAUCAAUGUUUACAGAUGGUUUGACAGCAUGUUAUUUUGAUGAAACAAGAGAAACACAAAUUAAUUAUGAAAAUCUUCUCGAUAUGAUUAAAUCAAGAAUAAAACCGAAAGAGAAUAUUUUAGUUAUGCACGGUCAGAUAGAUGGAAUAGUCGAUAGUGAUGAGAAAGAUACAAAACUCAUGGUUAAAAAACGAGAAUUUUUUGUUCAUUCAACGAAUAAUUAUGGUUGUUCAUCAAAACUCAAUGGACAAAAUCACUAUACGAAUGAAUUACCCAAUUCGCAUGAUUUAAUCCCUGUCUCACGAUAUAAUUCAUCGAAUAGGUCUAUGAUAGAAGAACGAUUACGACGUGUACAUAAUAUAUAUAAUGAAACGCAGGUUGCACUUAAACGUUUAAAUGAAAAUGAUAUUGACGAAACCAUCUGGCAACGCUAUGAACAGUAUCAAACCACGAAUAAAUUUCCUUCGCAUAAUCGUCCGUAUCAAACGAGUCAUACUUCCUAUCCACGUAGUAAUUAUUAUCGUGAUUAUUAUACCGGUAAUAAUUAUGAAGAUGAAGAUGGAAUGUUACUUAACAAUGAGUAUGAUGAUUUUGGUGAUGAUUUUUUUCAACAAGAAGAAAAUCUCGAUGAAUUCGAUAUGCCAUUUAGAAAAUAUGAAAGUAAUCGAGUUUAUCGAGGUACGUCUCGUGGGCGUCCUCGUGGUCGAGGUCGACCACCAUUAUAUGGAGGUCGAGCUGGCCGUGGUACUCAUGGCCAUCCACCACGUGGUGUUAAUCAUUUAACAACUGGUUCAUUUCAACCAAAUCAACGUUUAAUACAGCCGAAAAUUGAAUCUCCAAAAUUAAUUGAACAAUCACAACCACAGCAACAACCCGCAAGAAACAAACGCAAACCAGCUAAAAUGAAAUCAGUAACAGUCACCAAUGACGAUAAACCAAAACGACCAGGGAAAGUUCUCCGCAGUGGAAGAAUAUCAAGAAAACCUCGACGAGAUUCAGAAACAGAUUUCGGCUCAGAUAAUUCCGACGAUAGCGGAGCAAAAGAUAAAGAAACUGGUUCGGAUGAUGAUGAAGAAUUUGAUUUAACACAAUUAGGCCUUGGUUUUGGUAACGCAUCAAUGUCAGCAACUAAAGGACGUGAUGGUUCAUCUUCAUCGAAUGAUUCAUUAGCUGUAACAAAUCUUCCAUUGACGAAUUUUGCUGCUUUUGCACAAAGUCAAUUAUUAGCAACAAAUUUAGCGAAUGGACUAUUGAAUACCAAUGAAGAAUUCAGUAAUGAUUCAGAUUUUAGUGUAGAUAGCUUUGAAACUGAUGAAUCUGAUGAUAUUCUAAGUCAAAAAACAAAAGCAAACAGUGGAAAUACCGAUGAUGAAGAUCUCGAUGAUUUUACAUACAGUCAAACAAUGUUAUCGCUUAUUAAGAGUAUGCAACCAAUUCAUGUUAAAAUUGAUCUUGAUCUUGUACCACGCAAUAGAAAUAUAAAUAGUAAUAAAGACAAAAUACUUCCAUCCGAAGGUCAUAUUCGUUAUGAAAAUUGUUAUCAAACAAAUCCUCUCGCCACACGAAAACAAAUGUUACUGAGUGAACGUGAUCGACGUGCACAUUUAUCACGUAAAUUUAGUAUAAAUAAUUCGCCAUCAUUUGCAUGGUAUUCUCCAUCAUCAUCUUUAACGUCGAAUUAUUCUUUAAAAAAUCUCACCGAUAUUUUACGCAUAACCUUAGUCUAUUUUGAAAAUACAAUUCCGUUACCAUUUAUGCAUUCCCAUUGGAAACGCUAUCGUUACAUAUGGGCUAAGCAAUUACUUGAUUUAAGUCAACAUAUAUCUUUAUCGAAAUUAAUUUAUCUUUUACUUCAAUUUGAAACUUGUAUUAAACCAGUUUCAUAUUUCGAUUUAUUUACUGAUCAAGUUGGUUACUUGAAAUUUCGUCGCGAAACUGAAAAAGAACGUGAUGAAGCUAAAAAAGAAGAAAAAGAUGCAUUUAUACGACGAAAAAUCGAUGCUGAUUCAAUUAUACAAACUGUACAUUUUACACGACCAUUGAAACAUAGUGUUCAUAAACAGCGUGGUGAAGAAUAUCGUUUAGCUGGCGGUCAAGGUUGGACAUUUAUUCGAUCUACACGACGUACGAUUAUCGACAGUAAGAAAAAAACAUUUGAUGUCAAUUCGUUAUUAACACGCCGUGAAAAUAUGUCAAAUGCGAUUGUAAAUGAACGCAAUAGAAUAUUUAAUUUACUUGAAAUAAAACUUAAAACUGAUCUAAUCGAUGAUGCUAAUAUUGAAAAUGAAUUUAAAAAUUUAUUAACAACAGCUAAAAAUGACGACGACGAUUUUAUCGAUGAUCUAACAUUCAUUAAUUAUAAAAUAAUUGAUUAUAAUGGUAUUUCAUAUCGAUAUCCGAUUAUGUUAGAAGAUACAAGUCGACCAUUUCAUCUAGCGACUGCAACAAAUGACAAAAAGAAUUUAUCGAACCCUUUUCAAUUACCAUUACCAUGGACAUAUUCAUUCAAUGAUGAAAUUCCACCGAAUAUAUUUAUACUUCCACCCUAUAUACUUCGACGUCUUGCACGAGCAUCUAUGACAUUGACAGAUGCACCUGGAUUUAUUAAUUCGCGAUUGAGUGGCAUUGGAACAAGAUUCGGUUGGCCUUAUCCAUGUGGUAGACCUUCGGUUCGAACAGCAUGGUGUUACAAAGUACAAACGAGCACGUCGUGUUUUGCACUGGCUCAUCAUAUCAAAUAUUUAUGGAAUUGUAUAAGAUGGGACCUGAUAACAGAAAAACUCUCAAAUAUCGACGAGUCUUCGAUCACAACUCAGGUUGAUAAUGAUGGAAUAACCACAACAAUUCAAGUAUUAGCUAAACGUGAUUCCGGUCCAUAUAAUUCCUAUUGUGAAUAUUUUGUUCGCAAGACAAUUCAUUCACAUAUGAAUGAUUCAUCAAAUUUGAAUAUUCCAAUAUCGAAAUCACGAAGUCGUGCUGUUCCACAUCCAUCAUCUAUUUUAACACCAAACCGUUUAAUUCUCAGCGAACAAUGGUUACCUGAGCGGCAACUUCAACCGAAUCAAAUUAAAUAUUAUUAUCAAUGUUUACAAGACAAAACUUAUCAACGUCUACAUAAGAAAACAAAUGGUGAUAGAAGAAAAUCGAAAAAGAAAGCUUUAACAAACACAAAUCCUGUACAACAACAACAACAACAACAACAACCAGCUAAACCAUUCAUUGUCCGUAUACCUCAUUUACAACCGAAAUCAACUUUAAACAAUGAAAGUGGAAAAGUUGUUAUUGUUAAAGCAUCUGGAGAUUCAUCACCAUCGUCAUCAUCAACAACAACAACAACAACAGCAAAUCUUUCGUUACAACAAAAAUCAUUUUCUGUUGUUAAAUUAGCUGACGGACAAAUAAUUCUUGUUCCAACAGCAACUGUUCAACAAAAUGAUAGUGGGAUUUCAAAAAUUAUCAAAGCAUCAUUAUCACCACCAAAACCUCAACCAUCACCAACAGCAGUUCCGAUUAGUCCACAAGAACGCCGCUUACGUCCAAUAGCACCAGCUCCUAUAGCACCUAUUCAAACAUCAAAUGAAUUACUCAAUAGUCUUAUCAUUCAACAACAACAGCAACUUCUCUUGCAACAACAACAAUCGGAGGCCAUCAUACCAAUGGAACCGACAAUAAUUGAAGAAAUUCCAUUGGCAACUAUUUCUGACACAAUCACAAUCGAUACAAGUGCUGCAUUAGUCAAACCGAAAAUUGAACCGAUGCCCAUUGUUACACAAAAAACAAAAAAUCUUCGCAAAACAAUACCAAUAUCAUCAACAAACGAUGAUAAAAAAAUAAAAAUUGAUCCCGAAGAAGGCAUUCGAAUACGAAUUUGUGAAGCUAUUGUUCGGACACUCAUAAGUAAAAUUGAACGUGAACAAAAUCAAGAACUAAUGAAAAAACGUCUUAAGACUUCGCCAACAAAAUUACCAGUAACGGAUCAUCGUCAUAUAGUUUUAACACGUUUAUUAAAUGAACGUGUUGAUCAUCUAAGAAAAGAUUUCGUUACAGAUCGUCUCCAUCGUAAAACAGCAUUAGUUAAAGAGCAAGUUCAAACUCAACGUCUCAAACAACAACAAUUAAUACUUAAACAACAGCAACAGCAAGCGACAAUAAUUAAAAAAGAACCAAUAACUUCCGAUGAUGAGAAAAAAAUGGUUGACAAUCCAACAACACCUACCGUUAAAAAAGCAAGAAAAAGCACUGGAAAUGAAACAAAAACUAAACGACAAGAAACACCAAAAUCAUCAGAACAAAAAAUAAAAAAAACACCAGGUAAACGAACGCGUCCGCUUCCGCCGACCAAAACAACUACUAGCGAUCAAUCACCGGCACCUAAAAAAGCUCGCCGUUCAAAUGUUGAUCUAUCAUGUGAAAAACGUGAGUCAUCAGACAACGAUGAAAACCUUCUAAAAAAUCGUAAACCCUUGUCGUCAUCAUCGUCAACAACAACGAUAGCCAACGUCGCUAAAAUGAAAUCUACUGAGAAACCAAAGAAAAUCAUAACAAUAAAAAAUUCGUCGAAUAAAAAAGAAAAAACCGAAAUCAAUCUCUCAGAUAUUAAUUGCAGUUGCCAACGAGUGGAUAUUCCGGAGAAAUUUUUUAUUCAAUGUGAAUUAUGUUCACGAUGGUUGCAUGGUACUUGUGUGGAUUUAACACCACGACUUGCUGAAAAACUCAAAGAAUUUAUAUGCAAAGAUUGUACAUCUUCAACGCAAAAAGCUAAAGAACGUUUAUAUUGUGUUUGUCAAACGCCGUACGACGAAUCAGAAUUUUAUAUCGGUUGCGAUGUUUGUGCUGAUUGGUUGCAUGGCUCCUGUGUUGGUAUAACUCCAGAAGAAGCCGACAAAUUCGAAGUUUAUGUUUGUCCAAGAUGCUCAACGGAGAAAAAACAAGAAUUUCUUAAUAAACCAAUAAACAAUGAAAAACACAAGGAUUUAUUAACUCUGACCGAUCAACUACUAGCACAUAAAAUGGCAUGGCCUUUUCAGAAACCAGUCGAUAUCAAAGAUGUACCCAAUUAUCAUACAAUUAUUAAAGAACCUAUGGAUUUAACAACAUUAAAAAGCAAAGUAAUGAAUAGUAAAUUUAAAACUAUAUGUGAUUAUAUACGUGAUGUUAAUAAAAUCUUUAACAAUUGCCGACAAUUUAAUCCAAUGAAUUCAACAUUUUCUCAAUGCGCUAAUGUUGUGGAUAAUUAUUUUCGCCAACUAUUAGAAAAUUUGAUGAUUAAAGGCGAUAAUUAA